GCCGAGUCCGGCCAGCGAGCUGCCAACGUCCUGCUCUCGCUGGACGAGACCUACGCAGACAUCCUGCCCGUGCAGACCAGCGCUGGGGGCACGACGGCCUUCGUAUCCAUCAUGAGGGGCUGUGACAACAUGUGUAGCUACUGCAUCGUGCCCUUCACCCGGGGCCGGGAGAGGAGCCGGCCCCUGGCCUCCAUCCUGCAGGAGGUGCGGAUGCUCUCGGACCAGGGAGUGAAAGAAGUGACCCUUUUGGGUCAGAACGUCAACAGCUUUCGAGACAUGUCUGAGGUGCAGUUUCAGUCAGCAGCAGCCCCUGUCCUCAGCCGUGGCUUCAGCACAGUCUACAAAGCCAAGCCAGGAGGCCUGCGCUUCGCACAUCUUCUAGACCAGGUGUCCAGAAUUGAUCCAGAAAUGAGGAUCCGUUUCACCUCUCCACACCCCAAGGAUUUUCCUGACGAGGUCCUGCAGCUUAUCCAGGAGCGACACAACAUCUGCAAGCAGCUGCACCUCCCGGCCCAGAGCGGGAGCAGCCGGGUGCUGGAGGCCAUGCGGCGGGGGUACACCAGAGAGGCCUACCUGGAGCUCGUGCAGCACGUGCGCGAGACCAUCCCGGGAGUGAGCUUAAGCAGCGAUUUCAUUGCUGGCUUCUGUGGAGAGACAGAAGAAGAUCACCAGCAGACCGUGUCCCUGCUGCGGGAAGUCCGCUACAACGUCGGCUUCCUCUUUGCCUACAGCAUGAGGCAGAAAACCCGGGCCUACCACCGGCUGCGGGACGACGUCCCGGCGGGCACCAAGCGGAGGCGGCUGCAGGAGCUCGUCGCCGUCUUCCGGGAGGAGGCGGCCAGGGCCAACGCUGCCAUGGUGGGCCAGGCUCAGCUGGUGCUGGUGGAGGGGCCCAGCCGGCGCUCGCCCGCGGAGCUCUGCGGCAGGAACGAUGCCAACAUCAGGGUGAUCUUCCCCGACACGCAGCUGGAGGGGGCUGCGGGGCCCGCCCGGGCCCGGCCCGGAGACUACGUGCUGGUGAAGGUGACCUCUGCCAGCUCUCAGACCCUGAAGGGAGUUCUGCUGGCUCGCAGCAGCCUCGCCCGCCCCGCCGCUCCUCCCUGA